UUUUUCAUUUCAAUUCGAUUCAUUUUGCAACGAAAAAAUUUUCAUUUCUUAAAUUUGUGAUUAUUUUUUUGUGAAAAUUAUGAAUUCUAAUGAUAAUAAUCGUGAAGAAAAUUCGAUCGAUAAUGGCGAAUCAUCGAUAAAACCAAGUACAUCAAAAAUCGAUGAAGUUAAUGAUGUAAAACCUGUAACAGCAACAACAACAACCGAAACGAAUGUUGAUGAUGGCGAUGGUGAUGAUGAUAAAUCAUCAUCGAAAAGAAAAUCCGAUGAUAUUAGUCAAGAUAAUAAUGAUGAAGAAUCGGAUACUGAAGUUGAUUUUGAAACUUUAUGCUGUUCAUGGAAAGAACAAAUUGAACAAGUUGAAACUGUUUCAGGAAUGUUUGGUAAUUCCGAUGAAAAUAAUUGUACAUAUCUUGAUGACGAUUUAGCUCGACAACCAUUAUAUGCAUGUAGUACAUGUGAAAUGAAUAAUGUUGAUCCAAAAUUAUCAUCAUCCGAUGAUGAUAAUAAAAAUGAUCAAAAAUAUUUGGCUGGUAUUUGUUAUGCUUGUGCAGAAAAUUGUCAUAAAGGACAUGAUCUAUUUGAAUUGUAUACAAAACGAAAUUUUCGUUGUGAUUGUGGUAAUGAAAAAUUUUCCAAUCUUAAAUGUAAACUUUUUCAGAAAAUUGGCCAUAAUGAAACGAAUAAAUAUAAUCAUAAUUUUAAAGGUUUAUAUUGUACAUGUGAAUUACCAUAUCCAUGCGAUACAUUCGAUGAUACAAUGCUUCAAUGUGGUAUAUGUGAAGAUUGGUUUCAUCAAUCGCAUUUGGAUGCCGAACCAAUAAAAGGAUAUUCAGAUAUGAUUUGUAUGUCUUGUGUACGACGUUUAAAUUUUCUUAUCUAUUAUAAAAUUGAUGGCCAAUUUGAUUUCAAAGAAUGUGAUGAUAAAGAUUUAUUGGAUAAAGAAUUGCAACAAUUUUGCGAUAAUCUAAUCGAUAAUCAACAAAUAUCGGAAUCAACCACAAAUAAUGAUGAAUGUUUAUUGGAUGCUCUGAAAUCAAAACAUCAAUCAUCCUUAACUGUUAAAUAUGAUGAGAAUGGUGUUGCAUCGUAUGAUGAUAAUGUAUGUCAUGCAAUGUAUCUACCAUUAGAUUGGCGUUUACGUCUUUGUCGGUGUAGCAAAUGCUUAAAAUUGUAUGAAGCUGAAGGUGUUGAAUUUAUAACAAAUCCACUUGAUAUGUUUGCCGUUUAUAUCUAUCAAAAUCAGAAAAAAGUUUCGGAAAAAGUUCAACAACAAAUGCCCAAAUGGAAUCGUAUCCAAGAAAUAGCAUUAGCCGAAGGUAUUGAACAUUUUAAACGUGAAUUGGGAAAAUUUUUAAAACAAUGUCAAGAAAAUAGUAAAACUAUUAGUGCUGAAGAUGUGGCCGAAUUUAAACGGAAUUUAUAUGCAAAUAAACGACAACGUGUUCAAUAUUUUUGUGGUUGAACAAACAUCACAAACCCGUGCAUUUUGGCGGAAAAAAAUUGAUUUUUUUAAAUUAAAUUAAUUUAAAAUUCGAAUUUUUUUUUUGCGCAAAAUUAAAAAAAUUCCAUUUUGAAACAUUA